CUGGGAAUCUCAGGAUAUGAUCUCACUGCAUAUUCUUCAGAAAUUAAGGAACCUCUAAAGAUGGAGAAACAAAAACAGACUGAGAAGCAGACAUUUAAAGAGAUGUAUUAAGUUUACCUGCAGUUACAGCAGUAAGUAAAAGUGAAACUAAACUGCAGAUUUAGCAGAAGCCAUUACUGAGCUCAGAACAGACGGGACAGAAUGGCGUCUGGACCUUCUCUCCUGGAAGAGGACCUCUCCUGUCCUGUGUGCUCUGAAAUCUUCAGGGAUCCUGUUGUCCUGAGUUGCAGUCACAGCUUCUGUAAGGCCUGUCUGCAGCAUUGGUGGAGAGAGAAGGGAUUUCUGGAGUGCCCAGUUUGCAGGAGAAGAUCUUCGAGGGAAUGUCCUCCCUGUAACCUGUCUCUGAGGAAUACCUGUGAGUCGUUCUUAAAGGAGAGAAGUCAGAGAGCUAAAGCAGGAUCUGAAGUGUUCUGCAGUCUGCACUGUGAGAAACUCAAACUCUUCUGUUUGGAGGAUCAAAUACCCAUCUGUGUUAUCUGUCAAACUUCAAAAAAACAUGAAAACCACAAAGUGCGACCAGUUCAGGAGGCUGCAGAAGAGUAUAAGGAGAAACUCAGGACUGCACUGGCUCCACUGCAGGAGAAGCUAAAAGCCUUUAAUGCAGUGAAACUAAUCUGUGAUCAAACAGCAGAGCACAUCAAGUGCCAGGCCCAGCACACAGAGAAACAGAUAAAGAUGGAGUUUGAGAAACUUCAGCAGUUCCUAAAAGAUGAAGAGGCAGCCAGGAUCACUGCACUGAGGGAGGAAGAGGAGCAGAAGAGUCAGAAGAUGAAGGAGAAGAUUGAGAAGAUGACAGAAGAGAUAUCAUCCCUUUCAGAACAGAUCAGAGCCAUAGAACAGGAGCUGGGAGCUGAAGACAUCUCAUUCCUGCAGGUAAGACCCGUUAAAUAUGAAAAAGCCCAGUGCACCCUGGGGGAUCCAGAGAAGGUCUCAGGAGCGCUGAUUGAUGUGGCCAAGCACCUGGGCAAUCUGAAGUACAGAGUGUGGGAGAAGAUGCUGGGGACUGUUCAAUCCACUCCUGUGACUCUGGACCCAAACACAGCAGAUCCCAAACUCUCACUGUCUGAGGAUCUGACCAGUGUGAGAUACAGUGGUGAGAGACAGGAGGUUCCUGAUAAUCCAGAGAGAUUUGUUGGGUGGUGUUGGGUGCUGGGCUCUGAGGGAUUCAGCUCAGGGAGACACUGCUGGGAUGUAGAAGUGGGGGGUGUGGAAUGGCGGGUGGGUGUGAUUAAAGAGUCAUUCAGCAGGAAAGGGCGUUUGGAUCUGAGCCCAGCAGGAGGAGUGUGGAGUAUAAAGCUGAUCAGGGGGGAAUACAGAGUCAUGACCUCCCCACUUACAGUCCUCACUGUGCAGAGGAACCUCCAGAGGGUCAGAGUGCAGCUGGACUGGGACAGGGGGGAGGUGUCAUUCUCUGACCCCAGUGACAACACUCCUCUCUACACUGUUAAACACUCCUUCACUGAGAGACUGUUUCCAAUCUUUGGUACUGUGGGGACUGUGCAGAUCUGUCCACUGAAGGUGUCUGUAUGCAAUGAAGUUUACUGUCAGUUUCCUCAGAAAAGUGUGGACUCUGUUAUUUCUUUCCAGGAGAAACUCAGGACUGCACUGGCCCCACUGCAGGAGAAGCUAGAAGCCUUUAAUGCAGUGAAACUAAUCUGUGAUCAAACAGCAGAGCACAUUAAGAGCCAGGCCCAGCACACAGAGAGACAGAUAAAGAUGGAGUUUGAGAAACUUCAGCAGUUCCUAAAAGAUGAAGAGGCAGCCAGGAUCACUGCACUGAGGGAGGAAGAGGAGCAGAAGAGUCAGAAGAUGAAGGAGAAGAUUGAGAAGAUGACAGAAGAGAUAUCAUCCCUUUCAGAACAGAUCAGAGCCAUAGAACAGGAGCUGGGAGCUGAAGACAUCUCAUUCCUGCAGAGCUACAAGGACACACAAAACAGAGCCCAGUGCACCCUGGGGGAUCCAGAGAAGGUCUCAGGACCGCUGAUUGAUGUGGCCAAGCACCUGGGCAAUCUGAAGUACAGAGUGUGGGAGAAGAUGCUGGGGACUGUUCAAUACACUCCUGUGACUCUGGACCCAAACACAGCACAUCCACUCCUCUCACUGUCUGAGGAUCUGACCAGUGUGAGAUACAGUGAUGAGGGACAGCAGGUUCCUGAUAAUCCAGAGAGAUUUGAUGAGUGGUGUUGGGUGCUGGGCUCUGAGGGAUUCAGCUCAGGGACACACUGCUGGGAUGUAGAAGUGGGGGGUGUGGCCUGGCGGGUGGGUGUGAUUAAAGAGUCCAUCAGCAGGAAAGGGGAUGUGGAUCUGAGCCCAGCAGGAGGAGUGUGGAGUAUAUGGCUGCGUGAUGGGAAAUACAGAGCCCUGACCUCCCCACCUACAUGCCUCACUGUGCAGAGGAAACUCCAGAGGGUCAGAGUGCAGCUGGACUGGGACAGGGGGAAGGUGUCAUUCUCUGACCCCAGUAACAACACUCCUCUCUACACUUUUAAACACUCCUUCACUGAGAGACUGUUUCCAUUCUUUAGUACUCUGGGGACUGUGCGGAUCUUCCCACUGAAGGUGUCUGUAAGUGUAAAGUAGCACUGUGGCAUUGUUUGUAAAGAUCAG